GGACAUUGCCGACUGUUAUCGCCAGGCUCAGUGGGCAGCCAGUGUGAUGGAACCGGAAUACCGAAGAAUGGAGCACAAUUCACGUCAACAGAGAGCUAGACGUCAAGGCCAGGCUUCCCAUGUUGCUGUAAAGUCACGUGGAGCCCACUACGAAGACAAGGUGGGCUUGUAUACUAUGACUGCCAGACCUCACCACGAAGACAAGGCUUCCCAUGUUGCUGUAAAGUCACGUGGAGACCACUACGAAGACAAGGUGGGCUUAUACACUAUGACCGCCAAACCUAACAAGUGUGCUAAUAGAAGAACCUCUGCAGAGAAGAGAAAGGAUUGUUACUUGUGUGGUGAGGUAGGCCAUUUCAAACGAAACUGCCCACACGCAGGGGGGACUAGAGCACGAAGACCAUAGGGUCACUACAAAGGUUUAGUCGAGGCUUCUCAGAUCGAGAGAUUGGCGAAGAGAGUGUGGAACCAUGUGGUAUUGAUACAGAUUGAGGUUCUCUAUGGUGAGCCAUCAACCUCACAGGAAAGGCAUUCCACACAACCAGAACAACGGUAC